ACUGAAGGUCUAAUAGGAGGAUUAGAUCCUAAUCUGAACUACUUGUUCUCUAUAUCUACAUCAUUUAAUGUUAAUGGAAUCAUUUAUAAAGGAGAAAGGACUCAACCAAUACCACCAGUUACUUAUUCUGCUGAAACAACUACCAUGACUACUCCAUUGACUACUGUAUUAGUGAAUAAUGGAGGGAAUAUUGGAGUGAUAGUUGGCCUAAGUGUAGUUUUUCCUGUAUUAUUAGUACUGGCUAUAAUUAUUAUACUGGUGCUGGUUAUGUACAUAAAAAGAACUAAUAUUAAUCAAAAAAGAAAAUCAGAUAAUGACAUUGUAAUGGAAUGCAGUCCAGCUUAUGCCACAACUGAAUUUAAAACAAAGUUAGUUACACUAUUGACUAGUACAUUAUGUCUAUACACACACACAUACAGUACUACUGAUGAUAUACUAAUGAAAGAUAGUCCAGCAUACAGUACAGUACAACAAACACAAUCAACUGUUGAGCCAGUGUAUGAUACAACUAAUAAUGAAUAUGAGACUCCUCUUCCACCACCUGCUGAAUAUGAAAUACCAACUGUUUAAUAAUGUACUUAUCUUUUCUGUUGUAAAAACUUGGAAUAGUAAUUAAGUCAAUUUAAAUAUGUGCUUG